GUGGGGAGGAAGAGAGGAAUGGGGCUUUGAGAACAGAUGAGCACCAGACCCGGUUAGACUCUUCUAUGCACCAACAGUGUUAUCUGUCUUCCCGGGCCAUGCAAGCAGUGCUCUAAGAGGAGAUGCGGUAAAGGAGGGCUGCUGAUGCUGCUGUCCGAUCAGCUGUUAUUUGCGUCUUGAGCAUCAUCGCCGCGACGGCCAGAGAGAUCGAGAUCAGGGACACUGCAGACCGGAUAACGGAGGAUGGAGUUCAAGCAUCUGGUGGAGGCGGCGGAGAAGUGGUGCUCCGGUAACCCGUUCGACCUCAUCUUCGCCGAGGAGGACGACGAGAGGCGGCUGGACUUUUACGCAGAGCCCGGUGUCUCCUUUUACGUGCUGUGUCCCGGAGGCACCGACAGCUUCCACGUGUGGAGCGAGAGCGAGGAUUGCCUUCCCUUCUUACAGUUGGCCCAGGAUUACAUCUCCUCCUGUGGGAAGAAGACUCUGUUGGAGGUGCUGGAGAAGGUCUUCACAUCCUUCAGGCCUCUGCUGGGCCUUCCAGACCUAGAGGACGACAGUUUCGAGCAUUACCACGCUGACAUGGAGGGGGAACCAGGGCCCGACCACCAGCAGAUGGGGGUCAGCCAGCAGUGAUGAGCCCCAAGAGGAGGCCUGCAGCUGGGGCAGAGCUGCUUAGAAGUCCCUGGCCUCCCUCAACUCAUCAGCCCAAACACUUAACAAGCAGUCUACACACUACACACACACACACACAAUACGGCCAACUUGCUAAAAAUGCACCACCAUGUUCUUGAAUGUCUCAGUGGCUUUGCUUCCCAAAGAGUGCGCUCUGUUGCACUUUGUUGACCCCCACCACACACAAAUACACACACAAGCACCCACACACACACAUACACACAUGCACACACAACAGGGUUACGUGAGCAGUAGCCAUGUACAAUGCAAGUAUCAUAAUCAUUCACCAUCUGGUUAGUUAAAGUUCCACAGCACAGCAAUAUUACAUCGGCCUCAGCUGGCUUUGUUAUGCAGAAAUACAGUCAGAUGUUACCGCAAUAUACACCUCCCCUGUGGCUUUGGAGACGAAUGUGACAGAUAACCUACUUUCUCUGCCAGGCUAUUGACAUAGAGAGCAACGCGAAAGAUGAAUGGGUGAAAACUGACGGUUUGAGGCUGAGUUGAGGCAACUGGAAAGACAAGCAAGGUGAGGGAGGGAGAAAGAGAGAGAGAGAGAGAGAGAGAGAGAGAGAGAGAGGGAAACUGUUGAUUUUUCCACUUCACGGAGGGAAAGAAGGAGGGAAUCGAAGAUGUACAGUUACGAUGACGUAGAUCCAGGUGGGGCCGGCUCUCAAACCAUACUGUUUUAAACACCCCCUCUACUACUGACACACUUUAAAUAGUUGUAUAGGUUACAGUCAGAAGCAUUUCACACAUUCGCUUCCCCAUGUUGGAAAUCAAAGUGUGCAGCUUUACAGUAGCAUGGAUCAUUUGAGGUGUGUCACUUAAUGUUUCUAAGGCAGUACACCUCAAAGAGUUGAAGACACUUUAUGAGGACAUUUUUAACCAAUGUUAAUAUCAUAUGACCAUCACGACAAAGGCCCAUGCUGCAGCUUAAGCCCUUCCCAGUUUGGGUGUCUCAUUGUCACAGGACACCCGAUUUCUCUUCUGUUCUGUUGUCUUCCUGGUUGUUGGUGGUUUACACUUUGCCCUCUUUUCUCAGCACAAUCUGAUGAGAUAGCUUCCUAAACAAAACCCCUUCUUUUUGAGGUUUCUCUUAACCACAAGUUUGAUAAGUGCACACCCCAAAAAAUCCCUAAGUGAUAUUACAGGGAAGAGAAAAUAUUUGUCGGCUCAGACCUUCUGGGCCUACCCUGAUAUUUCUAAUCUCACAGUGUGUUGUUGUAUGUCACAUCCAGUGCACUGCAAUGCUUCAAGCCCCCCCCCCCCCCCCCCCCCCCCCCGCUGCCGCCUUCAAGCACCCAAACCCCUGCAGCCAAACACAUGCAAGACUGUUUCAGAGGUUUAUCAUUAGCUCGUUUACUUUGGCUUGUAAAUGUAUGUCUUUUUAUUGCCUAUUUGAAUGUCUCUCAGUGUAUCUUCUGUUUGUCCUCUGAUGUGUGUGGAAUUGUUCAAUAAACCGUGUGA